AUGGAUUUGGAAAGAUUGAUUCGGCUGGGUAAGGAGAUUGGUUUAGAGGGUGAAGACUUGAGAGCAUUUAUUGCAGAAAAAGAAAAAGCUGAAAAAGAAAAAGCCGAAUUUGAACGUCAGGAGAGAACAGAAGCAAGAGAAUUGAAAAAGCUGGAAUUACAAGCAGCGCAGGCUCAAGUUGAGGCUCAGGCUCAAGCACAGGCAGCCCAAGCAGAGGCCCUUAAAGAAGUUGAGUUAGCUAAAGUUAAGGCUGAAGAGGAACUAAGAAAGGAAGAGUUAAAGCUCAAAUUGGCUAGACCACCUGGAUCUGCAGAGGGAAGUAACCGAGGGCUAGACAAAGCUAAGCUACCAAAGUUACCAGUGUUCAACGAUAAAACUGAUGACAUCGACGCUUAUCUUCAAAGGUUUGAGAGGUUUGCUACCAGUGCUGAAUGGAAGCAUGAGGUUUGGGCAAUUAGCUUGGCAUCCCUACUUCAAGAAAGACAGUUAAAAUCCCUUCAGGAAGUGGUAGCAAGUGCUGAUCGAUAUAUAGAGGCUCAUGGUUAUCCAGUGCAAAAAUUUCCCAGUAAACCAGUGGUAACACCUACAGUGCAAAGUAAAGUCAGUAGUGGUAAUGCUCCAAUUUUUGCAGGUACAAGUUUAAACUGUUUUGUUUGUGGCAAGAGUGGGCAUAGGGCAAAAGAUUGCUAUUAUAAAGGUAGUGGUGGCAGAAAAAUAAGUGCACCUGACAAGAAAGGUAAGGCUGCGACUGCUGUGGUGAAGGAACAAGUUACCUCCAAGGACAGUAGUGUUUCAAAAGGUAAGACUCUAUCUAAUAAUCCUGAACACGCAGCUACUUUUGUCAAAGUUGACCCUAAAGAAAUUAUGAAUGAAGAUGGCUGGAUUAUUAAAGAAGGGAAAGGAUUUAAAGUAGUUUGUGGUGGAAGUAGCGCAAGUGAACGAGAGAAACUAAAUACAGCCCCUGGGGAAGUUGAGGGAACGCCAGUGUUAGUGAUGAGGGACACAGGCUGCACCACUGUAUUAGUAAGGAAAAGCCUGGUACCCAAGGAAAAGUUUACAGGUAAAUUAGUCAAUGUUAUUAUGGCUAAUUCUGAAGUUUAUGUGUAUCCAGAAGCUGAAAUUUUUGUGAGGUGUCCUUAUUUUACAGGUAAUACUCUAGCAGCUUGUUUAGACAACCCAUUGUAUGAUGUAAUCAUUGGUGAAAUACCCGGUGCAACCCUAGGUAAGGGUCUGAAUAGCCCUGCUGGUGCAGUAACAACAAGAAGCCAGAAGACCAAGAAAAACCCUAGACUUAAAAUAACUGAAGUAUUGGAUCUCAUGAAAACAAAGUCCAUCAGGGAAUCACAGGAAGAAGACACUAGUCUCGUGAAGAUAAAGAAGUAUCCUCAAGAGGGUCGGGAGUUCAGCAGAAGAAAGGGAACUGAAAUUUCAGGAUAUAGGAAAGGAAAUUCACUAUACAGAAAGGUCAAGGUAGGAGAAACUUUUAAAGAACAGUUAAUUAUUCCUAGUACAUUCAGAUCAACAGUUUUGGAACUGGCUCACUCAGGAUUGAUGGGUGGUCAUCUUGGUAUUGACAAAACUAAAAAUAGAAUUUUAGAUAAAUUCUACUGGCCAGGUAUUAUUCGAGAAGUAGUUAGAUAUAUUAGGUCGUGUGAUAUUUGUCAGCGUACUGUAGACAAAGGUAGAGUGGGUAAAGCUAGGUUAGGAAAGAUGCCUGUAAUAGGGGAACCUUUUGCUAAAGUUGGGGUUGAUUUAGUGGGUCCUAUUGAACCUAGAUCCUCAAAUGGCUCAAGAUAUAUUCUAACAGUUGUUGAUUUUGCAACAAGGUAUCCUGAAGCUGUAGCUUUAUCAAAUAUUGAUUCUUUAACGGUCGCAGAAGCAUUGCUGGAAAUAUUUUGUAGGAUUGGUAUACCUCGAGAGGUUUUGUCUGAUAGAGGAACACAAUUCACUUCAGAAAUCAUGGAAGAAGUUUAUAGGUUGUUAUCAAUCAGGAUGAUUAACACUACUCCCUAUCACGCUAUGUGUAAUGGCCUGGUGGAAAGAUUUAAUGGCACUCUUAAGAAAAUGUUGAAGAGGAUGUGUAGUGAACAACCUAAGGAGUGGCCUAGAUUCUUGGCACCAUUAUUAUUCGCUUAUAGAGAUGUACCACAGGCAAGUACUAAGUUUUCUCCUUUUGAAUUGGUUUAUGGCCAUACUGUUAGGGGUCCUUUAACUUUUCUUAAGGAAUUAUGGACUGAGGAUAUUGAAGAACCUGAGGUGAGGACAUCUUACGAAUAUGUUAUUAAUCUAAGAGAAAGACUUGAGGAUACUUGCAGGUUAGCUAGUGAAGGUCUUCACAGUGCCCAAGAUAAAGCUAAGAAGUAUUAUGAUCUGAAAACUAAGAAUAGGAAAUUGAAAGUUGGUGAUGAUGUUCUUUUAUUGCUACCAACUAACAAUAAUAAGUUAUUACUGCAGUGGAAAGGUCCUUAUAAAGUAACUAAGGUUUGCAACAGACUUAACUAUGUCAUUGAUGUGAAUAAUACUCCCAGAAAAUUCCACAUAAAUAAGUUAAAAAGAUAUGUUUAUAGGGAUCCAGCAGAGAUACAUAAGGCUUCUGUAGCAGUGUUGGAAGAAUGCUUGGUUGGAGAGGCCUGUACAACACCCAGUCACACUCAGCAGGAAAAUUGGAUGGAUGUUAACCUGAAUGAGGACAUGACAACAGCAAUGUUAGCUGACGCAAGAGAAAUUCUUGAGAAUUUCAAAGAUCUGUUCACAGAUGUCCCAGGUAAAACCAGGAAACAAGUUUGUCACAUUGAAUUGGAAUAUCCAGAGGUGGUAAGAGCAAAACCUUAUCCUAUUCCGUAUCACUUGCAGGCAGUGGUAAGUAAGGAACUGCAAAAUUUGAAAGAUUUAAAUAUUAUUGAACCAUCCAAGUCUCCAUAUUCUUCACCAAUGUGUGUAGCUCCAAAGAAAGAUGGAAAGGUUAGGUUAUGUUUAGAUCUGAGGCAGCUGAAUAAAAUGGUUAAAUUUGAUGCAGAACCGAUGCCAGAGGUAGACGAUAUACUCUCUAAAAUUGCUGGUAGUAAAUACUUUACCAAACUGGAUUUGACAAAGGGGUACUGGCAGAUUUCGUUAGCAGAGGAUAGUAAACCAUAUACUGCAUUUGCAACACGUGAGGGACUUUACCAAUUUACAGUAUUACCAUUUGGAUUAGUAACAGCACUUGCCAUAUUUAACAGAUUGAUGAGGAAAUUGUUUGGAGAUUUAAAUAAUGUAGAGACCUUCUUUGAUGAUAUUUUAAUCCACACUGAAACCUGGGAUGAACACUGUGCCCUGCUGCAAGAAGUUCUAGUAAGAUUGAGAGAGGCCAAUUUGACUGUAAGACCAAGUAAAACAGAAAUUGGAAGGAAAACCCUUGAAUAUUUAGGACAUAUAGUAGGAGAUGGCUGUAUGAGGCCGACACCAGAAAAGAUCAAAACCAUUCAAGAAGCUGCAGUACCACUGACGAAAAAAGGGGUUCGAUCCUUUCUAGGUUUAGCUGGUUAUUAUAGGAGAUAUAUCCCAGGGUAUGCAGCGAUUGCUGCGCCACUAACUAAUCUCACCAAGAAGAAUGCUUCAAAUAGGGUAGUAUGGGGUGACAGUGAGGAUAAGGCAUUCAGAGAACUAAGGGAAAGUCUGACUAAAGGACCUAUUCUAAAACUUAUAACUUUCCAGAAACCCUUUAUUCUUCGUACAGAUGCAUCCAGUACAGGGCUUGGAGCUGUACUUUUACAGGAACAUGAUAAUGAGAAGUGGCCAGUCUUCUAUGCAAGUAGGAAACUCUCAGAGGUGGAGCAGAGGUAUGCUGUAAUCGAGAGAGAAUGCUUGGCAGUUGUAUGGGCUACCAAGAAGUUCUACCCAUAUUUGUAUGGCAAGCAGUUCAUCUUGGAAACGAAUCACCGUCCUUUAACAUAUUUAGAUACUGCAAAACCCCUUAAUGGAAGAUUAAUGAGGUGGGCUCUUCAUCUUCAGCAGUUCCAGAUGAGUAUCCACUAUAUUGAGGGUAGUGAUAAUGUAGGUGGAGAUUAUUUAAGUAGACUGUAA